UCGAUCUGCUUGGAGUGGUCGGAGUCGUGGCGCCCAAGUUCUUGCUCUCACAAACCUGAGGGAACUUGCCUUGUUGUCGGUUAUAAAACGCUAGUACGGUGUCACACCGACCAAACCCAUCAUUGCAACGCAUUCUCGCGCGCUGAUUGUGCCUUCAACCCAAACUCAAAGUGCCCACACCAUGUCUCGACCACGAGGCAACCCGGAGGCCGUGGGUUCGACGCCCGAGCUCCUGCAGCACAUCGCAACCUUUGUUCAGCACGGACCAACGCUUCUCGAGCUCGCUGGCGCGCUUCCACCAGCUGCGAUGUCGCCGGGGAUAGCUGCGCUCAGCGCCUUGUGCUCGACGCCAACGGUGCACGUCGCAUGGCCCCGCAUCAGUGUACUCGGAACGACAAGCGAAGCUACCAAGCAGCACCUUGCAAACAUCGAUGCUCUCGGCGCCAUCGUAUCCGACGCCGCGGCGCUCGGCAGCGCCCUUGCCGCGUGUCCUCGCCUGCGCAUGGUCACCACGUUGCGUGCCGAAGCCACGAAGGAUUUUGCUGCAAUAGCGGAGAUCUUUGCCCAUAUGCCGCUCGGCCAGCUCACGGAGCUCACAAUGCGCGGGCAAUAUCCCGCCUCUGUUGCAUCGGCUGUCGCUGCAAUGCUGGCGCAAGGGCGCUGCCGACGCCUCCACCUCGUCGACACGACGUUCAACAACGCGUCCAUCGAGGACGUGCGUCGGUUGUGCGAGGCCAUUGCGUCCUGCGACAGCCUCCACGACCUCGUCCUCAAAAAUGACAGCCUCAACCUCGACGCCUCUCAAAACACUCACGAUGACAUGCGCUUCAAGGUCGUUGCCCACACUUUGCGUUCCGCCGACACCGUUAGUCCCGAGCAGUGCCUAGUGUUCCAAGACGGCUCGGCCGCUGAUAUUGCCCGCUUCCGGACGAUGCUACUGAACACCCAGCGACUGACGCACGUUGAAGAACGUCUGCUCGUGCACGUCGCCAAUGAUCGGUUGCUCCAACCGUGCCUCGGACGCCUCACGUCGCUGUGCAUGCCGCUGUCUGGCGUGGAGCCCGACGUCUGGCCUGUGCGCUUCCUCGAGAUGUUGCCGCACUUAGGGUCGCUGAAGCAACUCGAGUUGCAACAUGCCACAGUCCACGGAGACUUUCAGCGCGAGCUAGCGCUGGGACUAGGCCACUGCACCCAACUGCAGUACCUCGAUGUUGCGGCGCCGGGUCUCUACGAAGCAAUGUGGCUGGCGCAACUGCCAUGUCCAAAGCUCAACGCACUCCGGGUGCGGUUUCGCCAGGGCCCUUCUAAGGACCUCGUGCGACUUGUCAAGACUAUCGCUGUUGCGCUGUAUUCGCUGCGCUGGCUCUGUCUUGAAAAGGUGUCGUGGCCCAAGCCCGACCGUGCGCGCAACAUCAAGACGCUGGCCGCCGACAACGUUACGCUCGAGUAUAUCGCGCGCGACGUUGAUCUCACUCAUCAGCGUCGGACGUACAACUACUGGGACGCCAAGUCGACUGGUCACAAAGGUCUGGUCGUCUUUGCCUACGAAGAGUAG